AUGCUGGUGACUCUCUGUGCAAUCAUCACUUGUCUAACAUGUGUGAGUGGUGUGACGGUGCUGACACAGAAACCUCCUGUUUUAUCAGUGAGGAAAGGAGAGACAGCCACCAUGGACUGUAACCUGGGGACUGUUGAUAGCUAUGUCUGUUGGUAUAAACAGAUUCCUGGAGGAGUUCCUCAGUAUGUGCUGAGGAUGUAUCAUACCUGGAGUUCUCCAACCUAUGGCUCUGGGUUCUCUGCUCCAAAAUUCACAUCCACUCAUCAGUCAACAACAGAUUAUCGUUUGAUCAUCAACAAUGUGGAGCAGGGAGACUCUGCAGUCUAUUACUGUAAGACAUAUGACGACUCUGUUGAUGAGUUCUUUGCUCAAAUCAACAACAUGCUGGUGACUCUUUGUGCUCUCAUCACUUCUCUAACAUGUGUGAGCGGUGUGACGGUGGUGACACAGAAACCUCCUGUUUUAUCAGUGAGGAAAGGACAGACAGCCACCAUGGACUGUAACCUGGGGACUGUUACUGACCAUGGUGCUCAUUGGUAUAAACAGAUUCCAGGAGGAGUUCCUCAGUUUGUGCUGUAUUUUUAUCAUGGCUAUAGUUCUCCAACCUAUGGCUCUGGGUUCUCUGCUCCAAAAUUCACAUCCACUUAUCAGUCAACAUCAGAUUAUCGUUUGAUCAUCAACAAUGUGGAGGAGGGAGACUCUGCAGUCUAUUACUGUCAGACAUGGGACAGCUCUGUUAAUGAGUACGUUUUUCCCUGGAACAUCCUUCAUAUAUUUUCAGGCUCCAGCCUCCCUCCUCCUGUCCUGACAGUCUUCCCUCCGUCCAGUGCUGAGCUCCAGUCCAACACAGCCUCUGUGGUCUGUCUGUCCAGUCAGUCUGUGCCUUUUGCAGAUGUGAGCUGGUUGGCUGCUGGGAGUCCAGUGAGCAGUGGGAUCUCGACCAGCACUGCUGUUCAGAGAUCAGACCAGACUUACCAAAUCAGCAGCUCUCUGACCAUCCAGACAUCAGACUGGAACAUGGAUAAGGUUUAUACAUGUAAAGUGUCUUUGGGCUCGCAGACUUCAGAGAAAACCAUCAAGAAGUCAGAAUGUCCCACUGAAUAGUCGAGGACCAGAGUGUGCUUUUAAAAUCUGCUUCUUUACUGCUUGUGCUGUUUGUUCAUUACAGUCUUUACAUGUUAGAAAUCAAUA